AUGUUCAAAAAGUUCAGUCCGUCGAGCGAUGUCUCGGGACAGACGAGCCUGAAGUCAUCCGUCCAACGAUCUAUACGGUCUGGUCUGCUCUCGCAGUGGAAGAUCGACCCAGAGACACUGGAGCAAAUAUGGCCCAAGAAGGAGCCCCUCACGCUGGUCAAAUGCAGAGACCAUAUCUCUAUCUACACGCUGCACGGCGAGGCCCUGUUCUUCCAGCACUUUGACGAGCCGUUCUUCCCCACGCUGCGCCUGCUGCACAAAUACCCGUUCCUGCUGCCGAUGGUGAGGAUCGACCGGGGGGCAAUCCGCUUCCUGCUCGCGGGCGCGCACAUGAUGUGCCCGGGUAUGACCUCGAAGGGCGGCUACCUCCCGCCCGCUGACGCCGCCCUGCCCGCGGGCACGCCCGUUGCGAUACACGCCGAGGGCAAGGAGCACGCGGUGGGCAUCGGUAUCACGAAGCUGGGCACGGAGGAGAUGAGGACGGUGAACAAGGGCGUCGGGGUCGAGACGGUGACGUACAUCGGGGACGACUUCUGGGCGGUGCAGACGUUGUAG